AUGGGAUCUUCAAUAAACUAUCCGGGGUUUGUCAGUAAACCCAAUCAGACCGUCACACCUAGCCCCAUUUUCCAUAGGGAAAACGUGAAAUCCAAGCAAGGUGCUGCACGGUCGAAGCUUUCGCUGGCUUUGCAGAUUCAGAAGACUGACAAUGAUGAGGGCCCAGAGCCCUUGCACAAAGAUGGCGCAGAAGGCGCAGAUUCUGAUUCGGACUACUCGUCGUGUGACGAGAAAAACGAGGAAAGUCUUAUAGACUACAAGCCUGGCGGGUACCACCCAGCCUUUCGUGGCGAAACUUACAACAACGGCAGGUACGUCUUGGUGCGUAAAUUGGGCUGGGGCCAUUUUUCAACGGUUUGGCUUGCCAAGGAUACGGUUAGUCAUGCUCACGUUGCCAUGAAAGUGGUGCGUAGCGACAAAGUCUACACGGAGGCGGCUCUGGAUGAGAUUAAGCUUCUCCAACGAGUAAGCACCCGAGACGGCUCGCUCGGGGCAUUUUACGACGCUUCCAAACACAUUCUCAGUCUUUUAGACAACUUUAAUCACACUGGUCCCAAUGGGAAACACGUCGUCAUGGUCUUCGAGGUGCUGGGAGAAAACUUGCUGGCAUUGAUUAAAAAGUACGAGCAUCGUGGUAUACCUGCGAUGUACGUGAAGCAAAUAGCGAAGCAAUUGUUACUGGGACUCGACUACAUGCAUAGAAAGUGUGGGGUAAUUCACACAGAUAUAAAGCCCGAAAACGUUUUGAUGGAAGUCAGGGACGUUGAGGCGAUAGUGAAAAUGGUCGAGUUUUUGGAUAAACAGAAGCGCGAUCAAAGAAAGGUCCAUAGACGCGCGACGAAGUCGUCAGUAGACACGCCCAUUGCCACUAAUGUUUCUUCGAGAAGCAGCCCGUCAGUCUCGCGAGAGAGGGCAAGUGGUCGCAAAGUAAGAAGACAUACAUUGAUCACUGGCUCUCAGCCACUGCCCUCUCCCUUGAGCUCAACAAAUUUUUUUGAAAUGAAGGCACAAAUGAUGGGUCAAUCACUACCCAGACCAAUGCCAUCUACAUCCAAGAGCAACACAUCAGGUGGUGAGGAGGAGCAGGUUACCAAUUCGCUGUCGUCGCUGGAAAUCUCAAGCUGCACCGAUGACCGCGUUGAAGAAGAAAUACGGACUGAGACAGAUGUAAUUCAAAUCAGAAUAGCCGACCUCGGUAAUGCAUGCUGGUUCGAUGAGCAUUACACAAACUCCAUUCAGACACGCGAGUAUCGGUCGCCAGAGGUUAUUGUUGGAAGCGAGUGGGGAUGCAGCGCCGAUAUAUGGUCUGCGGCCUGUCUGAUUUUCGAAUUGCUGACCGGCGAUUUUCUUUUUGAACCUGAUGAAGGGCAUUCCUACAGUAAAGACGACGAUCACAUUGCACAGAUCAUAGAGCUUCUAGGCGACAUACCGGUACAAUUGCUAAAGACCGGCCGCCACUCUCGGACGUUCUUCAACUCUCGUGGCCAGCUGAGAAAUAUCUCCAAAUUGAAGUUUUGGCCGCUCAAGGACGUGCUACACGAAAAGUACAAGUUUUCCGUGGAAGAGGCCCAGACCAUAUCGGAUUUCUUGCUGCCUAUGCUACGACUUAACCCUAAAGAACGAGCAGAUGCAGGUGGUAUGGUAAAUCACCCUUGGUUGAACGACACUGUGGGUCUAAAUGGCGUGAAACUCGAUGAACGCGAACUCUACGGCGGUGGUGCAGACAUUCCUGGCUGGUACCGAGAGGUUGCAGGGCAACCUAGACAUUAA